GCCGCACACGCCCUUCAGGUCUUCGAGGCCCAACUGACGCUGCUAGAAGAGGAGACCCAGAGCAGAAUGUCGUCGAAUCUGCAGGAGGGAGCGGUUGGUGCUGGUUCGAGCAUGACUUCUGCAGCAGGCGGACAUCAUAUCUUCUCAUCCUUCCCGCCGUCCACGCACACCUCCUCCGCCUACGGCACCACAGUACAAUUCGGAGACUCUUCGUCUUCCUGGCCGAUGACGCCUGCGCAGGGCUCCUCAGGGUCAACUAGCAUGACACGAGACAAGAAGCACUAAUAUCGGUCCCCGGUCGGAGGUGCACCACGAGAGCCUUGUCAGACCGCCCAAUCUUUGCUGGGCCCAAUCAAUCCAUCUCACCAUCACGGCCCCGCAACAUUUUAGACUUGGAGAAAAAGCCAGUCGUAUUGUUCAAGAACAACAAUUUCGCCCACGAACGGUUCUCUCUUCAGGCAGAGCGGCCCAGCUCGGUCAUGGCUCUGCCAGCAACAAUUAUAAAGAAAGCAAGAAAGGAGAAAAAGAAAAAGAAAAGCAUCGCAGUAUACGGAGUCACCUUUCGCCUUCUCGAGAGAGCAGACAUCCUGCAUAACGAAGAUAGCCGGUGCUGCGUAUAGCUGCACUCCCAAAUGGGGAUCGACCACGUUGCCGACCGCUACCAUGUGUUCGCACAAGUUGUGCGGCGCAUUCGAGACUCAUGUGGACCGCCAGGAAAUCAAACCAAAGAGUCUCCAACAGCUUGGGCAUGUCGACCGUUUGGGAAGUUGUGGCGUCGCAGACUGUGCUGCUAAUGUUGCAAAGACAUCUAAUGAAUUACACGAUAGCGAAUAUUGAUUUCAGGGGAGGCGUAGAAGGAGGAGUGUGCAGUUCGAAAUAAUAAACGGCGGAAACAAUAGAGUCUCAUGAGUUGGUCACGGCAGACAAACUCUGCCAGCCACUAUGGCUGCUGCUCGUAACAUAGUAAUUAGAGGAGGAAAGAAAACACCGAAGAAGACGUGGCAUUUGAUCGUCGAUUGUAUCUAAGCAUCGUGGCAUGCGUCACGCUAAUUUUAUUGGUAUG